UGUACUAGCAGCCGGGGUGGUUGUCUCUGAGGACUGGGAGUGCCCUCCCCCUAUCACGGGACAUGCGUGGCGGCUGCUGUGGGGAGUGAGGCACUAGUCUGGGCGCAGGGAAUUUCCAUUUCCUUCUUUUUCUUCACGGCUGAGUGUCUUGUGUCUCCACCGGCCAUGGCAGCAGCUUCCCGAGUACAGCACCAGGCAGCGGCUCUCCUGCUCCUCUCCAUUGCCCUCACAGCUCAGGCAAACACGGCGAGGCCCGACCCGACCAGCGGACCCCUGAGAGUUGACAAACCUUUUAAUUUGACAAUGAAAUCAUAUAAUUUUAAUACUACUUUGUAUUGGGAUUACAUCCAAACUUCUGUUACCCCUUAUUUUCGUGUGGAAAUCAAUGAUUACAAAAUCAGUAAGUGGGUUGUUGUCAAGUCUUGUAGGAAUAUUUCACGUAAUUACUGUGACCUUUCUGCAAAUAUCAUUGAGCCUUAUAUUUAUUAUAAUGUCCGAGUAAAAGCUUUUGUUGGAUCUAACAGCAGUGAAUAUACAAAAAUGGAGUUUUGUUUGAUAACUGAUGGUAUUAUUGGACCACCUACUCUGAAUGCAUCUGUUGGAGAGAAAAUGAUUGUUGUUGAUAUUUUGCACCCAUAUGUUCCAUUUAUUGAUGAAAAAAAGACAGUGGCUGACUAUUUUGAAGAUCUUAAAUACAUAAUACAUUAUGGAAAUGACACAGAGUUAACAGACGAUUGUGAUGAGCUGGGAUGUACAGCCAAAAUUUUAACUACAAACUUAAACAUUUACUGUAUAUCUGCACAAGGUGUACUGGACAAUGACCCAAUGACCAUGGAACAGUCAAAGGAAAUAUGCAUAGAGAUUGUGGCAGCAAAAGAUAUUUCUAAACUGAUGGCCAUCAUUUUCACUUCGAUGAUUUUGGCCAUUGUGCUGUUAGGUAUCUUAGCAAUUUAUGUGUUCAGAAAGAAGACAGCGGCUACAGAUAAGAUUCCUGAGUCACUGAGGACUGUAGUAAGAACCAUGGCACAUCGUAUUAUGCCAUCAGAGCCAAGGACAAAAUAUAAUCAUGUUGCUAUAUCACCACUUGAAUCACCUGAGGAAAAACUGUGGGUGGAGGAGGAAAAUAUGGACAUAAAUGUGUCCCCCAACUCUGUUUCAGGAGAGAGUGUUGAACCUGGGUACCAAAGCUCACUGACAGAAACUGAACAGAUAUCUGAUGAAGGCCAGGAUGGAAAUGCAGAGGAAGAGUCUAGCAGUGACAAAUAUUUUCGUACAAAUAGUAGCAAUAACGACAAUGAUUCUAGUGUUACUCCUGAAUCGGAGGAGUUGCAGGAUAAUACCAAGCAGGAACCACCCAGAGAUAUUAAACCAGUCACAAACUCCUGUGGAUAUGACAAGCCACAUUUUCCUUUGGACCUUCUUAUACAAAUGAGCAGAGAGAAUCAGGAGAUUGAGCCAAGCAGUUCAGAUGACCACUGACUUGUUUUCUGCCCAUGACUCUGAUUUGUCAAAACCAGGCACUUGGUGAAGACUCUGAAUUAAUGCCAGAAGCAGGAAGAGAAUUUCGUAAAGGAUUAUGACCGAUAUCACAUCUUUGUGAUUAAUAGUUAUGAUUUAUAACUUGCCUAAAUAUUACUAAAUACUUUGUCAGAUGACAUUUUCAUUUUUUAAUCUAAUUAGACUGCUUUAUUUCCAAUAAUGCAUGAAAUAUUAUGUUCACAGAAAUGGCACAGGGCCUGAUUUACAACUUGAGUUUUGGCAUAGAGUCUUCCACAACAGCUAGUAGGCCCCAUGGUUGGCUAUACUGUUGCCUGUCACACAGGCCAUAUAACACACCUGCUCUUCUCAUCUUUGUCAGGUGGGUUAUGGCAUACUCAGGGGAAGGUACACAAGGCUUUGCUACCUGGUAAUCAUUCUAGAACUGGUGGAGGAGUUUAGGAGAUUUGUGGUUCCUGUGGGUAGUGUGAUUGAUACUGGACAAGAUGGUCACUCUAUUAGACAAGCAAUCUAUAAUUGGUAAGUGAUAACGGUCACAAAGGAAAAUUGUUUUGCUUACGGUGAUGCUGUGACUAAAAAGUAGACUAUUAUUGUACCUGAAAUGAGUUGUAAACAUCAUUAUGACUAUGCCAAUGAAAUAUAUAUGUGCAUGUUUGUAUAUAUCUAUGUGUAUGCCUAAACUAUAGAUCUGUACUAGUAAUCUUAAAUUAACAAAUUAUUGCAGCAUAACCUCACAGCCCUGAGUUAUUGGAUUUGAUUCCCACCACUAUGUGGAGUUUGUAUAUUCCCCCUGCGCUUGCUUGGGUACUUUCGAUUUCCUCCCGCAAUCUAAAAAUAUGGUGGCAGUCUAUUUGACUCCCCUCACCCCCCCCCCCCCAAAAAGAAAAUACAUUUGCAAUGUAUGUGUGUGUGUGUGUGUGUGUGUGUGUGUGUGUGUGUGUGUGCGCGUGUAUGUAUGUGUGUUUGUGUGGGUAUGUAUGUGUGUGUGUGUGUGUGUGUGUGUAUAUAUAUAUAUAUAUAUAUAUAUAUAUAUAUAUAUACACACAUACAUAUAUAUAUAUAUAUAUAUACAUACACACACACACACACUCUGUACGCUUCAUUGGGGCAGGGACUGAUGUGAAUGGCUAGAUAUUCUCUGUAAAGAGCUGCAUUUUUUUCUUUCCCAUUUUUUUAGUUAACACGUCUGUCUUAAUAUCUUCUGUAGUAAAUUCAAGGGGGACGUUAUUUAGGAAAAUGUUUAUUUUAUUCAAGUGCAACAACAUAGUGUGCAACGAUGCACGCCAGUAUAGUGGAGAGGAGGCAAGGGGGCGCCAGUCAGUGUUGUGGGGUGCAGUGCACUGAGGGACCUUGGCUGCAUCUGCAUGUCCCUGACUCCAGUGCUCCUGACUCAGACGGGCGUCGGAUAUCUUGUAGCUUUUGGCUAGCUGCUCAGGGUCCUGCACAUUGUGUUACUGCACUUGAAUAAAAUAAAACUGUUCCUAAGUGACAGGGGGUGUCCCAUAAUUAUGUGCCCUUUUACGCAUGUGUGUCUUUGCACCGCUCCCAUUACCCGUGUGUGGCUCUGACCCUCCGCAUUACUUGCUCUGUGACGCGACAACAGACCAUUCGAUGUGUUGAUGAUUUUGUUCGCUAAUUAUCCAAAUAACAUGAUAGCUAGAUGAUUCAUAGCCUAUGUUGCUCGGAAUAUCUCAAGGAACAUUUCUGUGAAGACCCAAUUAAAAUUGGUAUAGUAGUUAACAAGAUUCACAUACAUACAAACAAUUGUAUUAAUAGUAUAGAUUAAUUUACACCAGGCUUUAUUAAUGCCAGACAUGUACUACAGCUGAUGGUAUUGGUUACUGAACUAUAAUUUCUUUAAAUAAAAUAAGCAAUAUGUAGUUUAAUUGAAGUGUCAGAUAUGUGGAAAUAGGCAAAAAUGAAGUAAUAAUAACAUACUGCUCAAAGCCUCUUUUUGGCGUCAUGAUGUCACAUGUUCUGGGGCAGGCGCAGGAGUACCCUGCUAUGGGCCUGUGCUAAAAAGUAAAAAAAAAAGAGAGUGAUAGAAGCAUGUAGCUUCGGCUAGUCUUUAUUAUUAUCCUUUAUUUAUAUGGCGCCACAAGGGGUGCCCAGUGCCUUACUAAGUGCAUUAACAGAUAAAGUACAGACCUGGCAAGAUAUAGAAGUAAAUGUAAUAGGCUGCACAAUGCAGGUAUUGGCGAGUUUCCAGCGAGUGUGUUGAGGUUUUAAAGGGGUAAUUAUUCAAAGGGCAAAACCAGGUUGGUUUUUACUUUUUGAAUUAUUUACCCCUUUAAAACAUUGGGCAAUGUGUGGCACUCUAUUACUUCCAAUAAUAAGGUAUUGAACCUCCCAGCUUAUAUCCACACCAUUUCAGUAUUUUAUUUGACUGAUACCAUUAACCUAGAAAGAGGAACAAACACCAUAUGCCACACACACACUGGGGAUAUAUAUAAGGAAACCAAACUAAUAGAAUUACAGAUAAUAAAUUAACAUAAAUAUAAAAAAAAAUGCAAGCAUAGGAUCAGAAUGUCUAUUGCAAUAGCUUGUUAUCCUGCAUGCGUGUGUGUAUAUGUAUGUAUGUAUGUAUGUAUGUAUGUAUGUAUAUAUAUAUAUAUAUAUAUAUUUCAAUUUGUUUUUCUCAAAUUUUUAAUUGUGAAUUGCACUACCCACAGGGGUUUAUUUCCAAGAGCUUAUUUAUUUACGUGAUUAUUCAGCUUCUGUGGCCACUUUGAAAACAUGCUUAAAUGCUUGCAACAAACAUCAUAGGGUUUAUAUCACCGUUCUUAUGAGUUCUUUAAACAUAUCAUUGCAGUUUUGUUUUGUUUUUUAUAUAUGCUGCAUCACAUAUGUAAAAGUUUGUAUAUGUCAAAAAAUUUUCUAUGUUUAUGCUGUUUAAAUUGCAUUAAAAACACACAUGCACACGUCACCAUGCAAAAAAAGAUAAAUGUUAUGUGUGUCUAUAUAUAUUUCAAAUGCUAUGAAAUCAAGAUGCUGCUUUACAUAAUCUUAUCCCUUCUCCAGAAAUAAAAACAAUAGCAAUAUCUUGCCUCAUACCGCAGCUCUUAAGGGGGGUACACACGGAGAGAUCCGUGCUUAAAAUCUAAGCAAUCUUGCUAGAUUGCUUAGAUUUUAAGCACGGAUCUGCCGUGUGUAUGCCCUCCAGCGAUAGCGAUGCGCGGACCCGCACAUCGCUAUCGCCGAUGCUAGAUUGAGCCUGCAUGCAGGCUCAAUCUAGCGGGUCGCUCACUUCACCGUUGUGUGAAGUGAGCGGCCCCCCGUCGGCUUUCCCCCUCGCUCAGCACAUCGCGCUGUGCUGAGCGGGGUGAGAGAUGUGUGCUGAGCGGUCUGUGUUAAGAUCGCUCAGCACACAUCUCUCCCGUGAGUACCCCCAUUUAUGACAUGCAUAGCUUGACAUACAGUUUACAAUAAGAUAACAAUAUUAACUGUGUUUAUAUUGUGUAAACUCCACAAUAAUUAUGUUUUCUGAAACAUACAGAUUGUGUAAUGGUUAGCAUUACUGCGUCACAGCAUGGGUUCAAUUCCCACCAUUGCCUUACUGUGUGGAGUUUGUAUAUUCUCCCCAUACUUACGUGGGUUUUCUACGGGUACUCCGGUUUCCUCCCACAAUCCAAAAAUAUACUGGUAGGUUAACUGGAUCCCAACAAAAUUAACCCUAGCGUGAAUGUGUGUGUGUACAUGUGGUAGGGAAUAUAGAUUGUAAGCUCCACUGGGGCAAGGGACUGAUGUGAAUGGGCAAAUUUCUCUGUAAAGCGCUCCGGAAUAUGUGUGCACUGUAUAAAUAACUGGUAAUAAAUAACAGCUUUUUUACAUUGUAGAUGGUAAAAUAUAUACUGAAUUGUUAUUAUGUCUUUUAGUCAUGUCUUUGCUGCAUUGCUAUCUACAGUUUUAGUCUUUAUACCCGCUUAAAAUAAUUGAUAAUAUAAUCUAAUAUAAUAUAAUAUAAUCUUUCAUAGUGUGCUUGAUGCACUUGUAUUGUAAAUUAUUGAUCUAUUUACCUUUUGUCAGGCGAUAUGUGUAGAGUGUUAUUUGCUACAGAGUGAUAUUUUUUUUAUACACAGGUUAUUUGUCUAAAGCCAUAUGCUGUAUCAUGCACUUUCUGACGGAGUAUUCCUCUUUCCUGCUAUGUUACAUCCCAAACAUCUCGGGGGUAAUUCCAAGUUGAUCGCAGCAGGAUUUUUGUUAGCAAUUGGGCAAAACCAUGUGCACUGCAGGGGAGGCAGAUAUAACAUGUGCAGAGAGAGUUAGAUUUGGAUGGGGUGUGUUCAAUCUGCAAUCUAAUUUGCAGUGUAAAAAUAAAGCAGCCAGUAUUAACCCUGCACAGAGACAAUAUAACCCACCCAAAUCUUACUCUCUCUACACAUGUUAUAUAUGCCUCCCCUGCAGUGCACAUGGUUUUGCCCAAUUUCUAUCAAAAAUCCUGCUGCGAUCAACUUGGAAUUACCACCUUAGUGUACACAAUACUCAUCACUGAAUCAAUACUGGUUUGUUACGUUUGCAGGAGUGUUCUGAAUCUUUCUACAAAGCAUAUUAAUAAAUGUGUCUAGAAUUGAAUGUUUCAUUGUAUAAGAUAUGGAUUAUUAUUGUUGUGCAAAGUGUUUCUCUGGGAACCAGUAAGAACCAAUAUAUUUUAGUAAUGAAAUAAAGCAUCAUAAGAAACUUA